AAAAGGGGGUGCUGUGUGUACAAGUGUUGCUAUAAAGGAAAUAUGUUGACGCAAAAACUCUAUCCGGACGUGAACGGUAGCAUGUCGACGGGCGCCAACGUCUCCCCGAUGACCACCACCUAUUCGAUGAAUUCGAUGGCGAUGGCCCAAAUGAAUUGCUCGCCCCAUCAGACGCCCAUGUUCGGCUCGGGCAUGCUGAACGCCGGCAUGCCGUCGUCGAUGCCCGGCAUGAAUCGCCUGACGCCGCGCAUGAACGAUUCGAUGAACGACGCCGGCGCCCAAUUGGGCUACGGCGCCAUCGGUUCGCCCAUCGCCAACAUGAACGCCUGCAUGGGCGGCUCGAUGCCCGCCAUCAACACCUACAACACGUCGAUCGGUCGCGGCGAUCUGAACGGCGGCGACACGUCGCCCAACAGCGCCCUGCAAAGGGCUCGAGCCGAUAAGACCUACAGGCGAUCGUAUACGCACGCCAAGCCGCCCUAUUCCUACAUCUCGCUCAUAACGAUGGCGAUACAAAACAGCCCGCAGAAGAUGCUCACGUUGUCCGAAAUCUACCAGUUCAUCAUGGACUUGUUCCCGUUCUACAGGCAGAACCAGCAACGCUGGCAGAACUCCAUCAGGCAUUCGUUGUCGUUCAACGAUUGCUUCAUCAAAGUGCCGCGCACGCCCGACAAACCGGGCAAGGGUUCCUUCUGGAGUUUGCACCCCGAUUCGGGCAACAUGUUCGAGAACGGCUGCUACCUGCGUCGCCAGAAACGGUUUAAAGACGAGAAAAAGGAGCUGAUGCGCGCCGCUCAUCACAAGAGCCCCUCGCACAGCGUCGACAGCAGCAACAGCUCGGGCAAGAAGACGCCCGUCAUCCAGCACGUCGACGACAAGAACCACCAUCACAACAUGGACAAGGCGAACGACAACAACUUGAGCGCCAUGAUCAAUUUGCAUCCGUCGACGAAGCUCGACGUCGACCAGAUGAACCUGCUCAACGGUAACGCGAACGGGGAGUUGCACGCGAUGCACCAGCACCAGCACCAGCACCAGAACAUGUCGCACGAGGAGCUGUCGGCGAUGAUCAACCGGAGCCAUCAGCAUUUGGCGUUGGCCGGCGACCAUCACCAGUCGAUGUUGCAUCCGAUGAACCACCAUUUGAAGCAGGAGCCGAGCGGGGCCGGUUACACGCCGUCGAACCAUCCGUUUUCCAUAACGAGGCUGCUGCCGGCCGAGAGUAAGUCAGAUAUCAAAAUGUAUGCGGAUAUGCAGUAUGCUGGUUACAACACGUUGAGCCCGUUGCCGAAUUCGAUACAUUCGCACGGGGCGAUAGGGAAUGAUUAUUACAACAGCCCUUCGUUGUAUCACAGUUCGACGGGGACGACGUCCUUGUGACAGUACCCGUUGGCCUAAAGGUUCCUAUGGUACUCGAAUAUGUGAAUCUUUUUUUUUUAUUUUGUAUAGUAAUUUGUAUUGUAUGGUUGGGUGCAGCGUCUGGGGAUCGUUUGGAUAAUGUUUUGCAAGUAUCUAGAGGUAGGAUACUCUAUUUUAUCAUCUAAAAUAAUACAUGUAUAGGUUCACAAACCAUCUAAUUUCACACCUAAAAUACAGUGGUACCUAUACAUGAAAUGUACUGCUCCACAACAGUUCGCAAAUAUUGAGAUUAAUUUAAAAGUUGCAGGUUUUUUGAUCGCCAAAUUUACUAUCAGUGGUAGAGGUAGGGACAAAAAAUCCACUUAGAUAUGAGAGAAAACAUUUAGUUUCGCAUAUUUGAAAAUUUGGUGAUCAAAAAGUCUGUAACUUUUAAAAUAAUUGCAAAAUUUGCGAACUU